AAUCUGUUGGGCUUCUUCUUGGCACUCAGACAACAGUUCUGAGCGAUAUUCUGCUGGACAGGACACGGUAAAAAAAAAAAAAAUCCGUGUAAAAUCCUGAAAUGAAGGUGAAAUGAUUCCAGGUUUGGUGGAAUCUGGAUCAUGUGCUCCCACAUAUGAUCAUCAUCAGCAUGAACUAAAGGACCUGCAGGAACAGAACCAGUUUACCCAGUCUGGUUGGUUGAGGAUAUCAGGGUCUCUGCCGCUGAUGGAAAGACGGAUCAGGGUUGAUGUUCUAAGGAAUAUUCAAUUCAUCUUUUUUAUCAGGAAUUCUCCAAACUGUGACUCUGUUAACUGGGCAGAGAAGGCAGCCUGAUCACCAUCCAGCAGCCUGGAGUAAACUGGGCAAACUGGUUCUGUGCCUGCAAGAACCUAUAGGUUCUAGCUGCUGAGUUCCUGAAGGAACACAGAUAACUUUGGUUAGGGUUCUGUGAAGUUCUGGUUCUGGGUGAUCCAUCAGUCAGCUUGCAUGUUACCUGCUGACAUUAAAUGUUACAGCUUGAACCUGAACUGGACUCCGCUCAGUCCAGCUGCAGAGAUGCUUGUCAUGUUCAGAUCCAAGAAUUUUGGAAAUAUUAAUUGAAAACACACACAAGGGUUUCAGAAAUUGAUCAGCUCUGAUUGGGUCAGCCACAUGAUCAGAGCAAGGGUUCACAUCCUGCUGCUGGAUCUGAGCGGGUCAGCCAGUACCUGACUGCUGAUGAGGUGGAUAAUAGAGUCCGACACUGAGGCUCAGAGAUCCAGCUGUCCGCCAGGCUUCAUGGGAAGAGCUUUUGUACUGAGCACAGAGAGGAAGCAGGUUCAGCAAUUAAAAAGUGAUGAGAAGAACAUCUUCAGGAACAGAUACUGCCGGACUCUGGGCUAGAGCUAAGCAGCAUGUUGAUUCUGAUGUCCAGAGAGGCGGUCCGUAAGCUCUGUAGGGUCUUUAGAGAACUCUGCCUCACUGUUCUGACGGAGAACGAAACUCUGAGGGACAAAGUGAGACGACUGGAGGGCGAAGAACCACAGAACCUGAAACCCUGUACUGCUCUGAAGAACCACAAGGUUCCUAAAGUUCGAUCAGCCGGGUUUGCUGACCUUGAGAUGGUUUCUGGCUCAGCACGGUCCACCUGUAGCGAUCCAGUUCCUACGGUCUUCACCCAUCUUGCUCUCCAACAGCCAAUCGGGAGCCAGCACAGCUGCUAUGCUCAGGAGCUCCAGGAGACAAUGGAUCCAGGUGUUCCGGGUUUGCCUGAGGUUGAGGCUGAGGUGGUUUUAGGGACAACCCAGAUCUUCACAGGACCUGUGACCAAAGAUAAACCAGCCAAAGAUCCUCCAGGUGAAGACACAGCCCCACAUCAAGAAGACAUGACCAUAGCUGCAGAAACAAUAGAACCAGAAGAACUGGACGAUGGAGGUCCAAUGGUCAUUGAGAGUCUAACAGCAGCUCUGACUGAGGAACACCAGAAGGAGCAGGAGAGGUGGAGGAGGAGGGAGCUCUACAAAGAGAAGAGGUUCUUCUGUGAGCUCUGCAACAAAGGUUUCCAUCAGAAGCACCAGCUGAGCAAACAUAUGGCGAGCCAUCGCAAACCAUUCCCCUGCAACUCCUGCGAUAAAGGUUUUUACAAGGCCCAGACGCUCCUCAAACACCAGCAGAGCCACCAGCUGAGGGAGGCACAGGAGCGUGACCCUGACAAGCUGCUGCAGUGUGACCAAUGCAACAGGAAGUUCCGGCUGCUGCGACAGCUUCGGGUUCACCAAGCCUCCCAUCAGCUGGAGAAAACUCCUCUGAAGUGCCACACCUGCGACCGCACCUUCACUUCCAUGGCUGCACUCAGGUCCCACGAGGUGUCGCAUGCCAAAGUCAAGCCGUUCAUGUGCGACGUCUGCGGGAAGAGUUUCACCAGGAAGAAAAGUCUCAGAGAGCACCAGACAGUCCAUACCGGGGCGCGGCCGUACCCCUGCCAGACCUGCGGCAAGAGGUUUUCAACCACUGGGAACCUACGUGUCCACAAGAGGUCGCAUUCAGACGAGCGGCCAUACAAGUGCAGCGAGUGCAACAAGGCUUUCAAAUGCAGGAUGGGUCUGAUGCAACACCGAGUGGUCCACUCCGGAGAGAAACCCUUCACCUGCCAUACCUGUGGCCUGAGCUUUGGCCUCAAAUACAACCUGCAGAGACACCUGCAUCUCCACAAUGGAGAGAAGCCCCACAGAUGCCAUCAGUGUGGUGAAGGUUUUUCAGGGACCUGGGCUCUGAAGACCCACAUGCUGGUUCACGGUGUGGCGAAACCCUUUAUGUGUGACUGCUGUGGAAAAACAUUUUUCUACAACUGUCAGCUGCAGAAACACCAGGCGCUGGUUCAUGGUGACCCAGACAGCCGGCUGUCCAGCGCAGAGCACGGUUGCCGGAGAUCCACUGGAGUCAAACCCAUCAGCUGUAAAAUGUGUCUCAAGAGUUUCAGCAGCAGCAGCACGCUCAGGGUGCACGAGAAGAGCCACCAGCAGGACAAAGAGUUCACCUGCAACACCUGCGGAAAGACUUUUCAUCUGCGACACAUGUUACGCUACCACCAACGGCAGCACAGUGGUGACCGGCCCCACAUCUGCACAUUCUGCAGCAAAGGCUUCCUGCAGGCAUCGCAGCUGAAGCAGCAUGAGCUGCUGCACACUGGGGUCAAACCUCACCGCUGCGAGCAGUGCGGCAAAGAGUUCAGGACACCUCAGAACUACCACCGCCACCUGCUGGUCCACACCGGAGAGAAGCCGUACCAGUGCAGUGUAUGCAGCCGUAGGUUCAGGCAGUCCAACCAGCUCAAGUCCCACAUGCAGAUCCAUACUGGUGUCAAGCUGUACUCCUGUGACCGCUGCCGCCUGGGCUUCUCUGACUCUCGUCAACUGAAGAAACACCGCUGUGGAGACGACUCCCAGGACACACUGGAGUCUAGCAACAAAAGCAGGAGUCAAAGGGAGGUCUUCGCCUGGACACCCGACUUCACCAACUAGACACCUCAGACCUAACAGAUGAGGAAAAACAGCUAAGGACCAGAAACUGGAUCAAUGAUGGACACAAAACUGCAAUGAUUUUAGAUGCUUUUGACGUCCAACAACUAGCAACAUCUGACUUUAGUACAUGGAGGCUGUAUGUCUGAUCUGUGUUUACAAACCACCCUUUAAAUAAAGUUUGUCUUUAACUUUAAAA